AUGUUUAAAUCUGGGCUCUUUAACCGGUCAAGGGCCACAAUGGGUGAAUCAAUUGACGUUGAAGAGAGUUUAGAAUUAGAGUACGAUAUGUGGGACGGACAAUUUGACUUUGUUGGACCACAGGACCCGCAUCUGCGACCAAGGAUCACUUCGGACACUAGUUUAACUGAGGAUUUAUUCACCGGGGGUCCGUUAACUCCACAUUUGAGCAAUGGACUUAAUGGUGGAAAGAAAACACCUGCACAUCAGUGGUGCGAUAAUUUAUCUGACCAAGUACAACUUCUUCAGCAGCAGGUAACGUCACUCGCAGAUACUCAAAGCACGUCAGACGAAAGGUACGCCAGAGCAAAGGCCGACAACGCCGUACUUCAAGCCAGAGUUCACAUGCUCGAUGAACAGAUACGCGAGAUCGAAUGCCGUUGCGAGGAGCGUAUUGCAGAGGAACAGAAACGAUGUAGGGAUGCCAUAGCUAGAGUCGAGCGUGACAGGGACGCUCAGCUGUCUGCACUUAAUGAUCGACUCUCCGCUGCUGAAGCAGAGGCUUCUGAUCUUAAACAAGAGGUGGGUAGACUCCGUGGCGUUGCCGAAACCCUACGGGCGAACGCUGAAAUAAGCUCGCGUAGCGCACGCGAAGCUCAAGACGCAGCGAGCGAACUGGCUGCUCAGAUGAGUAGUGCCAGAGACGCCGAGAGACGUGAAAAAGAGGCCGCUGAAGCGACGAGAGCACUCCUCGCCGCCGCACAGCAGGAACUCCGAGCGCUCAAGGCGGCUCCUCCCCCACCACCAGACCCUCGGGUGGAUGAGCUGAAGCAGGAACUCACGCUGCUACGCACCCAGAAUAAAUCUCUCACAGAAGCCCAAGAGGAACUCCAGGCGCAGAUUCUAACUCGAGGCGUUGAAGAGGGUCGCAGUCUGUUAGAUGGAGUGAGCGGCCCUCUCGUCGCUACCAACUCUUUGGCACACGAACUCUCGCAAAUGAGUGACCAUGAGCUCGUUGGUAGCGAACAGUCUGACAGCAUAGAGUUGGAAAAGUUGCAAAAGGCUUUGAAAGAGCAGCAAGAUGUGAACGUACAACUGCGAGACUACAUUGACGGUAUCCUGCUGUCAAUAGUAGAAAAUUAUCCACAACUCCUCGAAGUCAAGUGUCAGAAACCAGAUUUUAAAUCAUAA